UGUGGGCGGACUGGAACUGGUUUCGGCAACAAUCCAUGGAUCUUGCUGGACCAUUAAUAAUAGUAAUGUCAACCAUAUCAUGCAUGUGCAUCUCAGAUCCAUCACAUCGGGACAGCAUGUACAUGGUCAAUCAUAACCAUGAUGAUAACCCUCUCAAUGUCAUUGGUGUUACUAUAUUCUCAGAGGUGCUGUUCAAGUACUUACCUACCUACCUAGGUACCUUAGUACUAGACAGCACGAGGGGGAAUUAUGGAGACCAACAACAUGCAGAUUGUAUAACAGUGAUAAUUUCCUUUCUUAGAAUAAAACACUGAUCACUCUGAUAGAUCAAUUCUUUGAAGCCUGGGGAGCAAAAGUUUAAAAAGCAUGGACAACGCAAACAGGAUGCAGGGGGACGAU